CAAAUGGGUGUGAGUCUUGAAAUAAAAAAACAAAGUAAACCUGUUUGUAAGUCAUAAACAUUGGUCUCUCAAAGAGGAAAAGGCGCGCGCCAAGCAACCUUGAAUAACGAUUGUUGAUGUUACAAAUAACACGAAGUCAAAAGCAAUUGAUAAGCAAGCAGAAUAAGUCACAUUCGCAGUCGCAGUCGUCGUCGUCGCUCACGAAGAGAGUUUGUUUUGUUGUCGCCAGGCAGUGCCACAUAACGGAAGUAUUUUUUUCCCUCGCAUCUUGCUCAUAAAAUUGAUCAGAAUAUACUUUUCUGACAUAAACUCUACCAGCUGCAGAUAUAUGCACAUGUUUCCAGAUUCAGGCAAUUAACUAUUUAAAUAGUUGCUGUGAUACAUUCGAUUUUGACAUAAGAGAAACAUCCAUAUCCUACACUCAAAUCGGGUCAUUUUCAUUUAUCAAAGCGAGAGUAGCGCACGCACAACAGCUAAUACGUAAUACGUAAUCAGCGGCGACUACGGUGGCGUGGGUGCUGUGAACGGAAAGAACGAGAAAAGACGCAAGACUCUUGAGUAAAAAUGGUUUCAUAUUUUGUGCCGCGAGGCCGCUUUCUGCUGAAGGCGGGAAACAUUAGAAAGGCCAUACAGGAGCAGCAACAGCCAAAGCAAGUACUGCAAAACGGAAAUUGGCCUGUGCUCCGGCACUUUCGGCAAUUACCCGCAAAUGCCGCUUCCAAUGAGUCGACAAUCGCCAAGCCGAAACCACAACACGUCAAGCAACAGACGCAACUACAAUUACGCCGUAAUGUGCUCUCACGGUGGACGGGAUUCCUAUUGCGCUGGGCACCCAUGGGCUUGUGCGUCUUUGGUGCCAUCGAAUGGCAGUUGCACAAAUUUCGAUGCGGACGUGACGGUACCCAACGCACCGCUUCACAGUUCCAGUCCCAGGUCUACUGCUCUCUCCCAUUGCGUAUUAUCAGCCGCUGUUGGGGUUGGCUGGCCUCGUGCUACAUGCCUAAUACUCUGCGCCCCUACAUAUACGGCUGGUAUUCAAACAUUUUUAAGGUAAACAUAGACGAGGCUUUAUAUCCCGAUUACAAUCACUACACCAGUCUGGCUGAAUUUUUCACACGCCCACUGAAAGAAGGCGCGCGAAUCAUCGAUGAUAAAUCGCCAUUGGUCUCCCCAGCCGACGGCAAGGUUCUGCACUUUGGCAGUGCCGCAGACACACUAAUCGAACAGGUAAAGGGCGUCAACUACAGCAUUGAGGAUUUCUUGGGACCGCUGCAGACGGUCGAGCAAUCGAAUGAGCCGAUCAGCUAUGCCCAGGCCUUAAAAAAGAAGCGCGACGACUCAACGGAACUGUAUCAAUGCGUUAUCUAUUUGGCUCCGGGCGAUUAUCAUCGGUUUCAUUCACCCGCCGCCUGGGAACCAACGGUGCGACGUCAUUUCUCAGGCGAGUUGCUAUCGGUAAGUCCCAAGGUGGCGAACUGGCUGCCUGGGCUAUUCUGUCUGAAUGAACGUGUGCUAUAUAUGGGCAAAUGGAAACACGGCUUCUUUAGCUACACAGCGGUGGGAGCCACCAAUGUGGGCUCUGUGGAGAUUUACAUGGACUCUGAUCUAAAAACCAAUCGCUGGACGGGCUUCAAUGUGGGCGCCCAUCCACCAAGCACCUACGAAUACGACGAGCUCCAGUUAGAUGUGAAAAGGCCCGAUCAGCCAGGUCAAAAGUUCUCCAAAGGCGACCUCAUUGGACAAUUCAACAUGGGCAGCACCAUUGUACUCCUUUUCGAAGCGCCAAAGAACUUUAAGUUCGAUAUUGUGGCUGGUCAAAAGAUAAGCGUUGGCCAAUCCCUUGGACACAUUGUUGACCGUAAAUGAUUGAUCACAAAUAUUCUAAAGAGGCCAUAAUUGUAUAUAGCCUAAGUAGUCUACAUUACUAGACGCGUCCUAAUAUCAUAUAGUAAAACAGUUAAUCGUUGGAUUUUAUUAUGAACAAUGUUCUAGACUUUUAUGUAAGCAUUAAGAUCAAGCAUUAUGUACCUAUUUGUAUUUAGUUACCGAUGUUUUAUAUAGCUGCGCUUUUUUACGGCACAUUCAAAGCUAGUUAGUUGUAUUUGCGAUUUCAUUAGUAGUAAGAGACCAAACGUAUAUAGGUAUACCU